CGUCCCCCGCUGCCAGCCGGGAUCUCCGGGGAAGGAUCCUGGAAUCCGCUCCUCCCUCCACGGAUCGGAUCCUUCGCGGGGAGAGACGAGGAAGCCACCGAGAUCUACCCGGGGCCUCCGCCCGCGCCCACGGAAGAGGAAGAGAUCGCGGCGCCCGCGGGCGCCAGGGAAGCCUUGGAGGGCAUGUAGAGCGCCUCUGGGUUGCAGACCUGGAUCGUCUUCCCCGAUGAGAGGGGGUUUGAGCUGGCUCCCAGCUCUCCCCGUGGUCUCCCUUCCGCUGGGGGUCCAUGUUCCUAGACCCAAUGAGGCCGGGAGGGCACGAUGGAGCCAUUGAAAACCAUGUUCCGGAAAGCCCCUCUGGUGGGCGGCUGGGGUCCAGGCUCCCGAGUGGGGGGUCCCUCCGGAGUCGGGGGUCCCUCCGCUUAUGCCAACCCCGUCUGGAGGGCGUUGUUUGACUACGAGGCCGCCAGCACGGAUGAGCUGACCCUGCGCAAGGGGGACUUGGUGGAAGUCCUGUCUUGGGACUCGGCCAUCUCUGGCGACGAAGGCUGGUGGGCCGGCAAGCUGAACGACCGAGUGGGCAUCUUCCCGUCGAAUUAUGUCUCGCCCAAGACAGCGGCCUAUGUGGCACCCAGCGACCCCCCCGAGGCGGACUUUCGGGACCUGACGCUGGAGGAGGUGAUCGGGGUGGGGGGCUUCGGGAAGGUCUACCGGGGCAGCUGGAAGGGGCAGUUGGUAGCGGUCAAGGCGGCCCGCCAGGACCCGGACGAGGACAUCAGCACCACGGCCGAGCGAGUGCGUCAGGAGGCCCGUCUCUUCGCCAUGCUCAAGCACCCCAACAUCAUCGUCCUGAAGGCCGUCUGUCUGCAGGGGCCCAACCUGUGUUUGGUGAUGGAGUACGCGGCUGGAGGGCCGCUCAGCCGGAUGCUGGCCGGACGCCGCAUCCCGCCGCACAUCCUCAUCAACUGGGCAGUCCAGAUCGCGCAGGGCAUGGAGUACCUUCACUGUGGCGCCAUCGUGCCCGUCAUCCACCGGGACCUGAAAUCCAACAACAUUUUGUUGAGUGAAUACGUGGACGACGGCGAGGUCAGUGGGAAAACUCUCAAAAUCACCGAUUUCGGUCUGGCCAGGGAAUGGCACAAAACCACUAAAAUGAGCGCAGCCGGGACGUACGCCUGGAUGGCCCCGGAGGUCAUCAAAAACUCAACUUUUUCCCGGGGUAGUGACGUCUGGAGUUAUGGGGUGCUCCUGUGGGAACUCCUCACCGGCGAAGUUCCAUACCGGGGAAUUGACGGGCUGGCCGUGGCUUAUGGGGUUGCCGUCAACAAACUCACACUCCCGAUACCAUCUACGUGCCCUGAACCCUUUGCCCGUUUAAUGACAGGAGCUGUUGAGCCGGGAGGAAGAGCUGAAGCAGGCGGCCCUGAAGCAGAAGUCCCAGGAGGAAUUUCUCCGCCAGCGGGAACACGAACUGGCCCAGUGGGAGCUGGAGGUCUUCGAGCGCGAACUCAGCCUCCUCAUCCAGCAGAUGAACCGCGAUCGGCCGCACGUGAAGAAGCGCAAGGGAACCUUCAAGCGCAACAAACUCAGAGGAAGGGACAGCGAUCGCAUCAGCAUGCCGCUCG